GGGCGCGGCUGCGGCCCGACGGGGCUGCUUUUCCACGUGGCCGUUGGUUGCCUUGACCUGACGUGGCUUUUGCUGCGCGCCCAGUCGUUUAGAAUGGCACGCCUGUGAAUUCUUUUAAAGCGUUAGAUUUUGAGAAAAAGCCACUAGAACAGAUGUAGUGGCUUAUGUUGAAGUGUGGUCAGCCAAUGGAACAGAAAAUUAUUCGAAGACAUUUACAAACCAACUUGUUGAGAUGGGGGCAAAGGUGUCAAAAACUUUUAACAAACAAGUAACUCAUGUCGUGUUCAAGGAUGGGUACCCGCGCACCUGGGAGAAGGCUCGGGAGAGAGGCGUGAAGCUCGUUUCUGUGCUCUGGGUUGAAAAGUGCAGGACCGCUGGGGCACACGUCGACGAGGCCCUGUUCCCUGCUGCAAACACUCAUGAACACCUGCCGUGCCUCAUUAAAAAGAAACAUAGGUGUAUGCAGCCCAAAGACUUUAUUCCCAAAACACCGGAAAACAAUAAGAGGCUUCAAAAGAAAUUUGAGAAAAUGGCUAAUGAGCUACAAAGGCAGAAAACAACUCUAGAUCAGGACGUCCCUGUUCUCUUGUUUGAGUCCAGUGGCUCAUUGGUGUACAGCCCCAUACUUUCCAUGUACCAGGGUCAUCACAGUGCCAUGGAGAAGAGGCUGCAGGAGAUGAAGGAGAAGCGGGAAAACCUCUCCCCUACCUCUUCCCAAAUGGUUGAAAAGUCUUGUGAAAACCCAGCUCGCUCUUUCUGUGAAGCAUCUCUGGACAUAUCACAUGAUACUUCCUGCUCAGGGGACUCCUUUGCUGGUUGUCUGCAGUUAUCUUUUGAUGAUCCUUGUGGAAACUCAGGAUAUGGGAAUCAGGAAAGGGAAUCAGGAGGAUGCGUCGGUGACAUUAAAAGUGAUGUGUGUGUUUCUUCACCUGCAUUGAAAACAAGCAGUAUUCACUCACUAGCAUCUCCCAGGUACCUCAGCCACUCAACUCCUCGGAAACCUGUGAGCCAACCUUCAGAGGAGGAAGGAAAUGGGCAGAGAGGUCCUGGAGGUGACGUGGCCACCACUCCUGGCAAGAAGCCAUCCAAGGGAAUAUCAGAGAUGUUUGACGCGAAGUGCAGUCUGUCGCCUGCAGCCGAAGACCACCUUGUGGGACAUUCACAGCCCAAGAGCUCCUCAGUGAGGAGAAAGAGAAGGUCAGAGCAGCUGCGUUCACCUCCAGACGACAGGCUCGGGAAGAAAAGGUGCAGCAGGAAGGCCACUGUGCCAAGGAUGCAGCUGUUUCAGCCAGAAGGUGGCCUGUGGGCUGUGGCCAGCUCUGCUGUCGAGACCCCUCACUGUGGGGGGUCCUCGUAUGACGAUUACUUUUCACCCGACAAUCUCAAGGAAAGGAGCUCAGAGAACCUUCCUCCUGGGCCUCAGUCACCUUCCCGCCCUGCUCAGUUAGGCUACAGAGUUGGUCUUUCCAGGAGGGAGAGGACGGACAUCUUAGAAAGGUCCGACUUCUCCCGCAUUGGUAAAAACCCCAGGUCAGUGGACACUGCCCAUGUAACAGCAAACACUAGCUCGGGUCUUCAGGAACCCAGAAAUGAUGAGUCAUGUGCACCUCUGGGUGGUGUGACUUCUAGGAAAACACCUGCUGCUGAGGAAGCUCCAGGGUGCUAUGGACAGGCUGAUGCUCGGAGAAGGGGAGACGGGUGCUGGGAGGGAAAUGACUUUUCUUGUCCCGACCAUGAACUCGCACGUGGAAAAGAACAGGCAGGGAGAGGGCACCAGGGUGGUCUCACUCCAAGCAAUAAAGAAAUGACGGAAUUGGACGCGGCAGGCAAGCAGCAAGAGGACACCACCUCUAGAAUGCUGAAUUUCUCGCAAGGUUCUAAAAAUGGACGGACGAGGCGAGAUUUUCUGGAAGGCUCAUGGGGAGGCUCCAAGGACCCCGUCAAACCUGAGGCAUCAAAGAAGAGCUGGAAAGACCGGAAGCCAACAAGAACACUGGUCAUGACAAGCAUGUCCUCUGAGAAGCAGAGCAUCGUCACCCGGGUUGUGGCCAAACUGAAAGGCUUCUCUUUAGCCCGGGAAGUGUGUGAGAGCACCACCCACGUGCUGGCUGGGAAGGCGCUGCGCACCCUCAACGUGCUGCUGGGCCUGGCGCGCGGCUGCUGGGUCCUGUCCUACGAGUGGGUGCUGUGGUCUUUGGAAAUGGGUCAUUGGAUAUCUGAGGAACCGUUCGAACUUUCCGACUCCUUCCCUGCGGCUCCCCUCUGCCGCCGGGAGCGCCACCUGUCCGCCGGGCAGUACCAGGGCACCCUGUUCACCGGUCAGCCCACGAUGUUCAUCUCGCCCGCCAGCGACCCCCCCAGGGCCAAGCUAUGGGAGCUGGUCCUCCUGUGUGGGGGCCGGGUCACGGGUGUCCCUCGACAGGCCAGCGUCUUCAUCGGGCCCUGCCACGGAAGGAGGAAGGAGAGCGUCAUGUACUUGUCGGAGAAGUGGAUCCUAGAUUCGGUCACUCAGCAUGGGAUCUGCGCCCGUGAGAACUACCUGCUGCCGCAAUGACGAGAUGUCACUCGAGAUGUCGCCUGCAGGCAGCUCGUGACACUGUCCUUGGGGCUCAGCCAGACAGAACCAGGGAGCCGGAACCGCCCAGAGGAUGCCCUUCUGUGGCACCACAUGGGGCCUGGGUGCUGCAGCUACGCUCUGUAACCUCCAUGGUCUUUCUGAGACCGACGUGGUUCACAGAAGCCUGACUCGCCCUGUGGACAGGUUGUGUAUCUUAGGAAUGACCCUAAUUCAGAGGCCACAGAACCUUUAUCACUCAUCACUAAAUAAAGAGCAGGAAUUUGUUUAAAUUGUUUUGUUCCAGAGAACAAGCUAACCUCUAAGUCUCCUGGUUAGGCUCUAAGGUCUUUAUAACAUGUCAUGUGCUAGAGACAACGGACCCUGGCCAGUCAGUAAGUGCUGGUUAUGCCUUUAUGCCCCAGAGGCUCUUCUCAAAUUGACUAACAAGGAGUGUGUGCCCUGAGAACUAGUGCCACCAGGUGGGUGAGAAAUCCAGCCACACUGGCCGCCUUGACACUCACUGUCCCCAAGAGGAAGCUGGCGCGUGCUGACCAGUCACCGCCUAUGGACAGAAAUUCUCCAUCCCACCGAGUGUGAUGGCAUCAGGAAGAGGCCCUUCCUGCUGCUCCUUCUCCGUGGCCUGUCCCUCGUCUCGGCUGUGACUCCCACCUCGGAAUUAAAGGCCCUCAACAAUGUAGUGGAUCAACUCCUAGAAUAAACCUUCCAGAAAUGA